AUGCCGCUGAAACGACAGGACACGGAGCGAGCCCUCCAGGUCAUAGAAGCCUCUCAGAUGGGAGACGAAGGUUUUAAGAACAGAGCUGAACAACUCCUCAACAUCUUCCAGAGUGACCUGUUCCAGGCUCUACUGGAUAUCCAGGAGUUCUAUGAGCUGACAGUGUUUGAGAACCAGAACAGCGACCAGGCGAACACACCUGGACUGAAGUAUCGUUACCAGGAUGAGGAGACUCCGUCUCUGGACCACAGCCCUGCCCACAUGACCUCUAGACGCAGCGGAGAGUUCAACCAAUCACAGCUGGACGGAUACACACACCUUGCACCCAUCACGGUACACACACACACACGUUACACACACAUGUCUCCUCGUAGACAGCUGUUGCUAUGGAGUAGUCAUGAACCAUACUACAGCCUGGUUGUAGGUAGCCUGAUGAAUGGAUCAGAGGGAGAGGUGGAGUAUGAAGAGAUGACACUAGAGAGGGGUAACUCUGGUCUAGGAUUCAGUAUAGCAGGUGGAACAGACAACCCCCACGUUGGAGACGACCCGUCUAUCUUCAUCACCAAGAUCAUCCCUGGAGGAGCUGCCGCACAGGACGGGAGGCUCAGGGUUAAUGACAGUGUGAUACUAGUAAAUGACGUUGACGUUCGUGAGGUGACACACAGCUUGGCUGUGGAAGCUCUAAAGGAGGCGGGGCCAGUUGUUCGUCUCUACGUCCUCCGGAGGAAGCCACCCAUGGAGACCGUCACACAACUCAAACUCAUCAAAGGACCUAAAGGUUUGGGGUUCAGUAUAGCAGGUGGACUAGGGAACCAGCAUGUACCAGGUGACAACAGUAUAUAUGUAACUAAGAUCAUCGAGGGAGGAGCGGCCUGUAAAGAUGGACACCUACAGAUAGGCGAUAAGAUACUGGCUGUGAACCAGGUAUGUUUAGAAGAUGUGAUGCAUGAAGACGCAGUAUCAGCUCUGAAGAACACAGCCGAGGUGGUCUACCUGAGAGUAGCCAAACCUUCACAUCUCUACACACCUGACCAGUACAGUCCCCCUGACCUCACCUGUACGUACACAUCUCUACACAGAGAUAUGGGUGAUUACCCACAAUCCUCUCUGCCGCCGCCCUCGCCACGACGCUACUCACCCAUACCGCACGGCAUGAUGGGAGAAGACGACAUCCCCAGAGAGGCCAGGCGGGUGUGUAUCCACCGAGGGUCGACUGGUCUGGGGUUUAACAUCGUUGGGGGAGAAGACGGAGAGGGAAUCUUUAUCUCCUUCAUCCUGGCUGGAGGACCGGCUGAUCUCUCAGGAGAGCUACGCAAGGGAGACCAAAUCAUCAGCGUGAACGGUGUGGAUCUCAGACAUGCAACUCAUGAACAGGCUGCAGCAGCUCUGAAGAACGCUGGACAGACUGUUACUAUCAUCGCUCAGUACAGACCUGAAGAAUACAGCAGGUUUGAGGCUAAGAUCCACGACCUGAGAGAACAGAUGAUGAACAGUAGCAUGAGCUCUGGGACCCUCCGAGCCAACAGGACCUUCUAUGUCAGGGCCCUGUUUGACUAUGAUAAAACAGCAGACUGUGGGCUGUUGAGCCAGGCAUUGGGCUUUAACUUCGGGGAGGUGCUACAUGUGACUGACUGUAGUGAUGAAGAGUGGUGGACUGCUAGGAGACUGGGACAACAGGGACAACUGGAGGAACUAGGGUAUAUACCCAGCAAACACAGGGUGGAGAGGAAGGAGUGGUCUCGUAUGAAGAAUAAGGACCGCAGCAGCUUUGUUCAGAGCUAUGAAACUGUUACACAGAUAGAAGUCCACUAUGUGAGGCCUAUCAUUAUACUGGGUCCUACUAAAGACAGAGUGAAUGAUGAUCUUCUCUCUGAGUUUCCUGACAAGUUUGGUUCCUGUGUUCCACACACGACGCGGCCCCAGAGGGAGUAUGAGGUGGAUGGGCGGGACUACCACUUUGUGUCGUCAAGGGAACAGAUGGAGAAGGACAUCCAAUCACAUCACUUCAUAGAGGCGGGUCAAUACAACAGUCACCUGUAUGGAACCAGCGUUCAGAGUGUCCGCAUGGUCGCAGAGCAGAUGGGGAAACACUGUAUCUUAGAUGUAUCAGCUAAUGCAGUGAGGAGGCUUCAGGCAGCUCAGCUUCAUCCUAUUGCUGUCUUCAUCAGACCAAGAUCACUGGAAAAUAUACUUGACCUGAACAAGCGUCUGACAGAGGACCAGGCCAGGAAGGCUCUGGACAGAGCUGUCAAACUGGAACAAGACUUUAUAGAAUGCUUCUCAGCUAUUGUGGAAGGGGAGAGUUUUGAAGAGGUUUAUCACAUGGUGAAGACUGUGAUCGAAGAGCAGAGUGGACCCUACAUAUGGAUACAAUCAAGAGAAAGACUAUAAAAGAGAGGAGAGGAGCAGAGGAGAGGAGCCUAUAUAUGGACACCAUCUAAGGAAACACUAUAGAGGAGAGUUGAGGAGAUGAGCAGAGAGGAGAGGAGAUAUUAGGAGAGAAGAGAGAGAGUUGAGGAGAUUAGGAGAGAAGAGUUGAGAAGAGAGGAGAGUUGAGGAGAGAAGAGGAAAAGAGAGAGGAGGAGAGAAGAGAAGAGGAAAAGAGAGAGGAGGAGAGAAGAGAAGAGAGUUGAGGAAAUAAGAGGAAAGAGAGGAGAUGAGAGGAAAUGAGAAGAUGGGUUGUACAAGGCCUCUGAGAUUAUCACCUUGACUACUGUUGCUUCGGAUACUGUCACCGCAACUACCGUCGAUACCAUCUCACAGCAACCAGAAGGAGAGAGAGGGACAGAAGGAGAGACGGAGAGACACUGUAAGACUCACCACAGAACCAAAGGAGAGGGAACCAGACACCUUCUCUCCAUCCCCUCUCUCCUCCCUCCAUAAUUUCUCUCUCUCUCCUCCGGAUCUGUAAAGAAUUGUUUUCUAACGGAAUGGGACUCUGAAAGAGAGACGAGGUGAAAGAGGAGACGAGACUGGAGUGACUGCAGCAGGAAGAGAAGGGGAGGCUGUCUGAACCAUGGAGGGAGAAAGGAGAGAAAGACAUCACAAAAAAUAUAUGUAAAAAAAGAUUAACGUUUUCUAUAUUAUGGAGAGAAGUAUUAUACAGACUGGUAUCUCUGUAGUACUGCAUUACAGACUGGUAUCUCUGCAGUACUAUUUACAGACUGGUAUCUCUGCAGUACUAUUUAC